AUGGCUAACGUGAACAAAUCAAAUGACGAAUUUUUGUUUAAUCUUAUGUUGAGAAAAUUCCCUAAUGAUCUCAACGACGAACUAACCGUAGAACCUCCGCAAGGUAAGCUAAAUGUCUAUACCAGCCUGGAUUUUGCCCAAGAGCGAAAAACCAAAUACACGAAAUUUCACGAAUACCAAAUGUCGGAGUUAUUGCGACUCGAAACGGAAGAACGUAAGAAGCAUCGAUUGGAGUUUUCGAAAUUUGUUAGGGGAAAAUACGGAGAUUUGAUAAGGGACGGGAAAUUUUCGACGCAAUCGGUGGAAUUAUAUAGCUCGGUGGUAAAUGUGUUGAAAAAAGAUAAGAAUGAACUUACGUCAUCUAAUGCAGAAGGUAGUAGUAAUUCCAGCAUGGAGGAAGGAGAGAUAGGUGAUGAACGUGCGGAAUUGAUGGUAGAAGGAUCGAGUAUUUUGUAUGAUGAUUUAUAUAAAAAGUUUCAAGAAGAGCACGAGAAGAUGAAAGAAAUAUAUCAAGCAAGAAGGCAAUGUCUGAUAAAAAUCCAAGAAAAUAUUAUGAACAAUAUACAGAAGUUAAUUAAAGAUCCUUCGGGAAGUACAUAUGACAAACAGAAUACUGGCUCCCGAUUUGACAUAACGAGAUCGGUACAACAGCAAGACCUACUUGCAAUCAAGGAGAUGGUGCCAAGUAUCCCUUCUUCAUCUAGCGCAAAUAAUAUGAAUAAUUGUGAACCCACCUAUCAUUCGACCACACCAACAUCUUCGCCUCCAAAAAGUUAUCAAAGUUUGCCUGCCAAUCUUUGGAAAUCACAAUCAUACCCUCCAUUUGAAAAGAGUAAUACCUUCAAUAGUAAAAAAACGCCAAGUACAUUUGAUUCUUUGGGACCCGAAAGGCAUGGUAGUGAUAGAAAAAUUGUCGAUUAUAAUGGAGAUCUUUCAGGAAAUAGUGUGUAUGGGCCGGAUACGCAUGGGGAGAGUAGGAUAGGCAAGAAUUAUUACUCACGCGAUACAGACAGAUAUAGUGAUAGUCGGAUGGAAAAGACUUAUAAUGACGAACGUCCUCAUAAUUAUCCAUAUGGUGACGAAAGAUUUAUUGACAGAGACUAUGAGGAGUACAUCCCUUCAAGAAGUUAUAGAGACAACUCCGAGAUAAUUGAAAGUCGUCGCCCAUCGCUUCCACACGAUGCUAGACGUUUAGGUAAUAACGUGGGCUAUCGUCAUCAUCAUUAUCCAAGAGGCGUUACCAAUUUUAGGCCAUUUAGAUAUGUUUCAAGAAGAAAUAUCAGAGGUAGACCAUUCAAGAAGUUUAGAGCCAGAGGCAUACAAUAUAACGCUCAACGAGGUAGAUACCCUGAAAGUAUGCACCCAGACGUACCGGAAACAUGA